ACAUGAGUCAAACUUAUGAUCGUAUUGGAACAAAUCAAUUAUUAACAGAUCCAAAAUUUUGGCAACGUGUUCGCGGUGAAAAAAUCCUUCUUUUUCAAAUCGAUUCAGUUAUGUGUUCGAAUUCACCACAUAAAAUUACUGAUUUUCUUCAAUAUGACUAUGUUGGUGGUCCAUGGGAGUCAUCUUGGUUUAUAUUUAGUAAAGUAGAUUUUGUCGGUAAUGGUGGAUUCUCAUUAAGAACUCGUAGUAAGAUACUUGCUUUACUUGCACUUCAUCCAUAUGAUAAUAAGGUACCAGAAGAUGUUUGGUAUUCGCAAAAUUUACGUCGAGUAAAUGCAUCAAUUGCUCCAGUACAUGUAGCUAAAACAUUUUCAGUUGACACAGUAUUUUAUGAAAGACCAUUAGCUGUACAUCGGUUUGCGUUGCGAUGUAGGACCCGUGAAAAAUUAUUUGAAACAUGUCCAGAAGCAAUGAUGGUCUUGAGUGGGCCAUGCCAAUAA